AUGGAUCCAAAGGAGAAGAUGGAGCCAAGCCCAGAAGGAAAUAAUUGCUGCUGUAUGGGGUGUCAUGCUGUAUUACACCUGGCAAGCAAGGAACUGAAAAAUAUUCAGGAGAAUCACUCUUCUUGUCUUUCUUCGUUCACCUGCAAACUAGGUGAUCUUGAAAACUUAUUUGAUUACACCGAAGAUUUGCUUCAACUACCACAUAAUCAACAAGCCAUUUCACUACACGGCGAUGAAUUAUUAGAGGGGUACAUCAAGGUAUUAGACGUUUGUGCCACCACUAAAGAUCUCUUAUCGAAUGAAAAGCAAAAUAUUCUUUCAGCUCUUCAUAGGAGACGGAAUAUGGAUGAAAUUUCUGGCUAUCUAACCUCUAGAAGGAAGUCCAAAAAGAUCCUUAAAAGUUUGAAGAGUAUGAUAAAGGAAAACCCUUGCGCAUUAAACAAGCCUGAACCAUUGGCUGUUGUUGGAGAAUUGCAGGAGGUCCAGUCAGUCACCUUAGGCCUAUUUAAGUCCUUGUUGUUGUAUGUCAAUGGAACCGGAUCUCAAUCAAGUAGUUGGUCAUUGUUGUCCAAGAUUAUGCCCUCGAAAAAUGAGGAAUUAAAAGCCAAUGAAUUUGCCAAUGUUGAUGCAGAUUUGUGCUCACUUCUCAGUCAAAAUAAGACUGGCCAAUACGAAGAAUUGCAGAAUCAGCUGAAAGAGAUGGAGCCAACCAUUGAGGUUCUUGAAGAUGGGCUCCAAUGCUUCUUCAGGCGCUUAAUCAAAACUAGAGUAUCUCUCCUCAACAUUUUGAUGAAUAGAUGA